AUGACUCUUGACAAUGAAAUUUUAGAACUGAAUAAUAUGGUAAAAGACGAUAAUGGUAAAAGUUAUUCUGAUGAAUUUAAAUCUUUAGGAGAAUAUAAAGUCAAAUUUGAUAAAGCUAUGGUUUGCGUCAAUUCUUUUAUACAAAGUAAAUCCCAUCCAAACAGGAAUAUAUUAAGUAAUGAGAAAUCAAGAAUUAAACUUCCCAAAUUUGAACUAAUGAAAUUUAGCGGUGAAGUUAAAGAAUGGUUGUGCUUCUGGAUUCAAUUUAAACGAAUUCACGAUCAUAAAGAAAUGGAGUUGGAAGACAAAUUCCAGUAUUUAAUACAGUGUAUGUUGCCAGGUGCAAGAGCGAAAGAGAUCGUUUAUAGCUAUCCACCUACGGCAGAAAAUUAUACAAAAGCGAUUGAAAGCCUCAAAGCAAGAUUUGGCAGUAAGGAAUUGUUAGUGGAAUACUAUGUUCGUGGGCUAUUAACUUUAGUUGUUAAAAAUGCUACCAAAUCAAGGCUUAGUAUCACUCAAUUAUGUGAUAAACUUGAAUCCCACCUCAUAUCAUUAGAAUCCAUUGGGAUGACCUCAGACAAAUAUUCUGCAAUGCUCUUCCCGCUUGUGGAGUUGUGUAUUCCAGAAGACGCGUUGACAGUUUGGUUGAGAAACUCAGUAAAUGAAGAGAAAUCAUAUAGUGCAAGACUGAGCCAACUUAAUAGAUUACUUAGAUAA